GUAGCACUGGACACUAUUUCUCAACUAUCAUCCUCCCCCUUUCCUUGUCACUUCCUUUCUAUAAUAACUAAAUCCCACAUCUUUUCUUUUUGCCAAAUAAGAAACAAAGAUUCUCCCCUUUUGGCUUUCUGUUUCUUCUCUGGUCUAUUUCUUGAAAUUCAGAUUUUUUUGAACAAAAAUUUACAGAAAAGAUCAUGUCUUUAAACACCCUUUCUUCUACAGAAAUCAAAACAAUCUCUUUUUUGGAUGCUACUAGAUCCAACACUCAUCUUCUCAAGCUUCAAGGUGGGGUUUCCUAUAAGAGGAAAGAUAGCAAGGUAAAAGGGGUCAAGUGUUCAGCAGGGACGUCGCCUCCGUCAGCAUGGCCAGGAACGGCACUUGUGCAACCGGGGGCUAAGAAUUGGGAUGGACCUAAACCCAUUUCAAUCAUUGGAUCCACUGGUUCCAUUGGGACUCAGACUUUAGAUAUUGUUGCUGAAAAUCCUGAGAAAUUCAAAGUUGUAGCGCUUGCUGCUGGAUCAAAUGUCACCCUUCUCGCUGAGCAGAUCAAGGCAUUUAAGCCACAGCUAGUUUCUAUUAAGAACGAGUCAUUGGUUAGUGAACUUAAAGAAGCUUUGGCUGGUUCCGAUUACAUGCCUGAAAUUAUUCCUGGUGAUGAAGGUGUCAUUGAGGUAGCGCGCCAUCCGGAUUGUGUUACUGUAGUCACAGGGAUAGUUGGUUGUGCUGGUUUAAAGCCUACAGUUGCUGCUAUUGAAGCAGGGAAAAACAUCGCGUUAGCUAAUAAAGAAACUUUAAUUGCUGGCGGUCCCUUUGUUCUUCCUCUUGCACACAAGCAUAAUGUCAAGAUUCUUCCUGCUGAUUCUGAACAUUCCGCUAUUUUUCAGUGUAUUCAAGGCUUUCCUGAAGGUGCUCUAAGGCGUAUAAUCUUAACUGCAUCUGGAGGUGCUUUCAGGGACUUGCCUGUUGAAAAACUGAAAGAUGUCAAAGUAGCGGAUGCCUUGAAGCAUCCCAACUGGAGCAUGGGGAAAAAGAUCACAGUGGAUUCAGCCACACUUUUCAACAAGGGUCUAGAAGUUAUUGAGGCCCAUUAUCUUUACGGGUCAGAUUAUGACAACAUUGAUAUUGUGAUUCACCCUCAAUCCAUCAUACAUUCCAUGGUCGAGACACAGGAUUCAUCUGUGCUAGCACAAUUAGGAUGGCCCGAUAUGCGUUUGCCAAUCUUGUAUACAUUGUCGUGGCCUGAUAGAGUAAGCUGUUCGGAGAUCACAUGGCCCCGUCUCGAUCUCUGCAAGCUGGGAUCUUUGACAUUCAAAGCUCCAGACAAUGUGAAAUACCCGUCAAUGGAUCUGGCUUAUGCCGCUGGACGAGCCGGCGGUACAAUGACCGGAGUUCUUAGUGCUGCUAACGAGAAAGCCGUUGAAAUGUUCAUCGAUGAAAAGAUUAGCUAUUUGGACAUAUUCAAGGUGGUGGAGUUAACUUGCGAGAAACAUAGAGCGGAAUUGGUGACAGCACCUUCACUCGAGGAAAUCAUACAUUAUGACUUGUGGGCUCGGGAUUAUGCAGCCAGCGUGAAGCCUACAUCAUCGGGUUUGAAACCAGCACUUGUAUGAGCUACAUCUUGGGUUGGAUCAAGCCGUUGGGAUGCUCAUUGAAAGCGGAAUUUCACAACUGUAUGAAUAAAUGCAAUUUUAAUAUAAUUUGAAACUGAAAUCAAAAUGGAAAUUCAAAAAAAUUGCCUGAAAA